GAUGGUUAUAGAUAUAUUUUAGCGGAACAAGACUCUAAUGCCCCUUUGGCAAACAUGGACAUGGAGUUUUGGGCUGGCAAACCAAUCCCUGGAGAUCUCUACAGGGUCAAACUCCACAAAGAAGUUCUUCUUUCUAUGAAUGACAGAGGUUUGUAAACAAUAAUGGCUUCCGAAAAUGUCACUUCCGGGAUGGAUAUUUUUGAGAAUACGUGAAAAAGUUAAAUGUUGCCUUGUAGUCGUCCUCGUCUACAAUCUAAAGGUGUCUAAAUUUUCUUUGGAAACGAGAUAAAACUGCUGGUCGUAAAAAGGUCUCCUUGUCGGAAUAACUUUCGAGCGACACUCUUGUUCCUAUUUUGUUUGAAGUUUCGGAAAUUCCACAUGUCCAUUGGAAGGGUACAUUCCGGUUGCACAGCACCGAUCCAAGUCACCGCGCGUUUGGUUAUUGUACUUGUCAGCAGGAUACAGAAGAGCGAUACUGGGGGCAACGGUCCGAUCCAUUUGCUUUCUAACCGGAAUUUUGGGCAGAAUGGAAAGCGUGUUAAGCGCCCGCAGUCUCCUUUGCUUAUCAGCCCUCUUACAACAGUUUCGUUUUAGCGCAAACGGCAGCUGGCUUUGUGAUUGGCUAGAAGAUCUCGCGUCACUUUCUUAACCAAUCAGGGCUUGAAAUUUAUAACAAACUGACACGUGCUCUCCUGGCGCCUCGUGCGUAUAUUUUCCGGCGUUGAGUUUUUAUCAGUUAAUUGGAAUUUCUGCGACUGGUUUGAUUCGGCAGAAUAAUCUAUUUUUCUUUUAGUUUCAAAACCUCGUUUUCCCGUAGCUUGCGCUCUUUAGAAUUCUAACAUUGGAAUUAAUAAAUAAUUUCAGCUCCUCAACUCAAGUUAUCUGAUGACAGAUUGUCAGUUACCGGAGAAAAAGGCUACUGUAUGUUGAGAGCCACACAUGGUAUGUGAUACUAUGUAGGAUAAGUUCAUUAUCUUCAGAAAACUUGUGGACUGCGAGUGCACUUUUCUGGGUUUCGUUUGGAAUGAAUUGCCCUAUGUGAGGUAAAUCUGGAAUCCUAAGCUCUGGAAUCUAGAAUGCAGCUUAAGGAAUCCGGAAUCCAAGUUCCACUUACAAGGAAUCUAUCCGGAAUCAACAGAGUGAAAUCCAGAAUCCAAGACUGUCUAGGAUUACCUUACGUGGGGUACAAUGGUAGAGCUUGAUAAACACGCAAACGCUCCGAAAAUGUCCUCCACCGAGGGGACAAAAAGCGUGUUCUUGUUUACUCCAUUUCUUGUGGCUAUAUUACAAAUCACUUAGCAUUAUACAGCUGGUAAAGUUUUGUUUCCCUCAAGUCUUGAUGUGUCUUUCAACUUCGUGUCGAAGAAGUUUGGUACUCCUGAAAGACAAAAGUAAAUAUGUCCCUCACCGCGCAACCAAACAAGGUUUAAGUCAUGAAGUAAAAUGAGAUGCAGUAAUCCAUUCUAAUUUAGUAUUUGCGGCACAUCCUGACUUAGUUUCACUCACAUGUAGUUAUUACUGUCUUCAGGUGUAUUGAAGGGAAAUUGGUAUUUUGAGGUAAGGAUUCUUGUUUUUAAAAUUUAAUAUGAUAAUCUAUAAAUAGACUACAUGGAGUUCACGGGCUGUUUCCUUGCGGGGCCAUAUUGUUCGGAAAAAAGUUAUAAUUUGGUGCUGAGAAAGAGUGAUCGUUCGAUGCUUUUCUCAUCUUUGUCUUGAGAAUUUUGCAGGGGGAAACAACAACUUCUCAAGAAAACUGUUAAUAAUAAUGUAAAUAUAAUAAUAAUAAUAAUAGUAAUAAACAUUUAUAUAGCAGAUAUACAGCAGUUCUAUGCGCUUUACACAAUAUACGCACGGUAGUAAAAAAAAAAUAAAUAAAUAAAAUGAAAUUUACAUAAAAAUUAAUUUUUGAAAGCGAUAAAAAAAUAGGUCUUAAGCUUUGAUUAAAAGUUGUGAAAUUGUCAAUAGAUUUGAUGUCAUCAGGUAGAUGAUUCCAAAGUCCAGGGGCGGAGAUGGCGAACGCCCUUGCACCAUAAGUCUUCAUGUUAUAAUCAGUCCGGGCUAAAAGUAAGGUAGAUGAUGAUCGAAGCAUGCGUUCGGGACAAUACGGAGUUAAGAGUUCUUUGAUGUAUGAAGGCGAUAGGUCAUGAAGACAUUUGAAGGUUAAAAGAACAGCUUUAAAUUAAAUGCGUUCGGCAAUGGGGAGCCAAUGCAAUUGCAUCAAUAGAGGAGUUACGUGAUCGAAUUUUGAAGAAGAUGUCACUAAGCGCGCAGCGACAUUCUGAACGGACUUUUAAUGUGUUAUUUUAGGCAACUGUAGACCUACCACCGGACUCAGCAACUAGAAUUGGCUGGUCACAGCUUUAUGGUGAGUGAAAAUUUAGAAUAGAGCUUCAUACAUACUUAGAUAAAUGGUAACAGAAAAACAACAACUUUUUUUAUUUAUUUUAAGUUUACAUUAAUUGUUUAACGUUAACCGCAAAUAACUAGCGAGCUAAUAGAGACAGGUAGAUUUAUCGUUUGUUUCCUCAUGAAACAUAAGUGCACUGAUGGUUGGUUUUUAUCAAAAUCUUUUUCAUCCUCUUUAGGAAAUCUUCAAGCUCCUUUAGGUUAUGAUAAAUUUAGCUACUCUUGGCGAAGUAAAAAGGGAACAAGAUUCCAUGAGAGUAAAGGAAAACAUUACAGGUAUGCACACUGGAAAAAAAAUACCGUAGUUAUUCGAAUUAGCGCCCAACCUCGAAUAAGCGCCCAGCCUCGAAUAAGCGCCCACCCCCUCCUCCUCCCAAUCAAACUCAAAUAAGCGCUCAUCCCCACCCCACCCACUUGAGUGAAUAAAUUUUAAUAAGAGACUUUCCCGAGGACGGAGUUUUCUUCAGAGUAUUUUACAGAAACCUUGCUUUGUUACUUCCUCGCGUUUUGUUAUUAGCAUUUAUUGUUUUGUUGCAAAAUAAACAUACUUCACUUGCUGAAACUGGUGAAAAUUUAAUAAGCGCCCAGCCUCCAAUAAGCGCCCACUCUUAAGGUCCAAAAAUUAAUAAGCGCUCAGGGCGGUUAAUCGAAUAAAUACGGUAGUGCAAAUAAUGUUCAAACCUUACAUUAAAGCGCUAGUAAUGACCCCUAUACCAAAAUAACAAGUACGUCCAAUUCGGAAUGUAAUUUUCUGAGUUAUUAUAAAUGAUAUUGGACACUGAAGGAUAAUGUAGGCACUAUCCCUUUUUUCGAUUACUAACCUCGAUUUUUUUUUCUUGUUUCUAGUGAUGGGUACUCAAGCGGCGAUGUGAUAGGAUUUUUUAUUAGUCUCCCAUUAAACAAUAGACGUCCAGGUAACAACGUGUUCUUUUGUAUCCCAUGUUGGGUAUGUAGAAUACUGCAUCUUUUGUAAUUCAUGCCCCAUUGUAAGAAAUAUUGAUUUUCAUGGUGUUGUUUUUAAAAGACGUCACUCAGCAGCAGUCUUCUAUUAAAUAAAACUUGCAACCAAGAACGGAAAAGAGCAUGGGUACGAAUUUCCUCGUGAACAUUUUUGUAGUCUUGAACUGUGUUCUUUCUAAUUUGAAGCAAGAUUUGAGCCAAGGAACAGCUUAACAUCAGUUAAGAGUUUAGCUAUUUUAAACUGAGCCACUUGUUCCCUAGAACUGCACUAAGAAAUGAAAAAGAAUACGUGUCUGAUCAAGUAAUAAGCAGCAUGCUUGCGCUGGAAAACACGAGCAUGUCACGAAUGGUUUUGGUUUUACUCCUUCUUGAUUCAGAAAAAUUGCGCAUUGUUUUAACUCUGAGCUAAACGUGAUGUGGAUUUCUUAGAUUUAAUACCUCCCUUAGCUGCUUAGUGGAUAAGCAUCUCGUUAAAACAUACCCUGUUCUAUAUUUGUAGCGGAAUUUCUCCCGCCGACGUUUAAAGAUAAGGUAAGCUUAUGUUAACGUUUUUUUCCGUUUUUUUAUGUUACUUUUUACGAGCGUUUCUAUAAAACUUGAAAAAUUUCUUGCAGUUGUGAAAUACUGGAAAUUUUUACUAAGAUAAUUAAAAACGGGCGAGUUCACACAAGAAAAAGACCAUACGCAGAUAAAGACGUAAUAUACACGCCUUCUAUAAGUGGCCUAAAUAAUGAACUCGUAACCAACACAAGGCGUCCUCAUUUAGCACAACAGCAGUUAAUAAAAACAAAUUUACUUCAUUUCCUUAGUUGGAGGACCCUGCCUUCCCUUUCGGGCAUCACGUUCUCUCUACUCGAUCGCUCCGGUAUCAACUUACCAUUUCGUUCGCCUUCAUACUGGCUUCCAUGAAGACAAAAAUUAACGGGUUCUGGAUCACACACUGCUUCAUUCUGUUUUUCAGGCUUUAAUAAAGUUUAAAAAUCACCUUUAUUUCGAGGAAAAAGAUCUGGUAGACAAGGCAGAAAAGGUAAGGCUUUCAGCUUCUCCUUCUUGUUCUUCUCUUUAUGGUUAUCCCUACUAUUAUUGUCUAAAUGAUUUUUUUUGUUGCGUUUUCAGAAUUUGAAGCCUUUACUUGGAAGUCAGGUAAGCUACAUCUUUAGUAUCUUUAAACUUACCCAGGUUGUCCUCACGCUGCUGACUGGCCACGGUUCCAGCUUCUAAUCUGACCAAUCUCGUGUAUUUUUGUGUGUGCUUGUCUUAAAGAACGUAAUAAAAAAAAUCCAUUUAAUCCUGUUCUGAAAUAAACAGGAGUCAAAAACGCUCCAAUUGUCAUUUCUUAGACAAAAAGAAAGUAACACACAACAUUUAAGAUACUUUUGAGUUUAUUUGCUAUUGAUCCGUUCAUAUGAUACGAAUCUUUACGGUAGCUCCAAGGCUUCUACAUAAAAAUUUAAAACGCUGACGUAAUAGACCUCUUUGUAUAGGUGAUAUCAUGAUUUGUAGUGAUAUUUGGCAUAAAUACCACGAGUGAGAUGCUUACCACGAGUGUUAUACGUAAUUUCACGAGCUUUUAUGGGAGUAAAAUUUGAGACAAUUUUGAAAUAUCACGAGUGGUGUUUAUGCCAAAUAUCACGUACAAAUCAUGCUAUUAUUUGUUUAUACUACUACCCGCAAUAGUUUUGUAAUUUUCACAUGUAGGUAUUUCAAAUUAAGCUGAAAUACCACAGCUCUAAGCCAAUCAAUUUGCAGAAAUUUCUCAUGUAGUAGUAUAAAGCUUGUAAUGUUUUGUUUUCCCAAUAGAGGUCCCAGGGAACUUUACCCUUUGUCUUUUCAUGAAUUAUGCGUACAUAUGCACUUGAAUAAAACGAAAUUUGAAAGAAACAGUUCUCUAUAGUAUUAUCACAUGACCUGUAUUGGGAAAACAACACAUACAAAUUAAAGAGGUCUAUUAGUGAUACUUAUGCACGUUUCUCACUGUCAAAUUUUUUGCAGAUAAAAUUUUUUAAGAAUGGCGUUUGUCAGGUGAGUGCGAUACAAUUAGGUUUCAAAAAGGGAUAUCCAGAAUUUACGAUACAUUGAUCUUUUGUAAGCAUGCACAGGCAGUGUCGAAUGGAAAAGGUAAGUUCUUGAUUUGCAAGGAGUGAGCUGCUCUUGUUUCGUUAUUUCAUCGGCAUCGCGCGAAAAAAGGAACACCAACAGGCUAACUAACAAUUACGUUUCUGUGGUGUUAUGCUCAGGUUAUGCUUGAAAGAAAAUGUUUGUUUUUUUAGGGCGUCGCUUGGCAAGAUAUUCACGAGGGAACGUAUUACCCAGCGGUAUCAGUGUUUAAAAAUGCAACGGUAAGCAGACUUUCUUUGUAUCGCCAUGCGCUGGAGUAUUAAACGUGAAUCUAACUGAUAGAGGAUCGAUAAUUUAGAUAAAUAUUAGAGAGAUUUAAGAAUCACGUUUAAGCCAAACGGCAAACGUGAAUUUGUACCACGUGACUAAGUUUCCCCUUAAUUGUCGUUUACUGUUUAUUACUUCUUCUCAAAAGUAAGUAGUUUCACGCCAGUUUCAUCCAUAAGAAUUGUUCUGGACGGUUUUUAUUUGCUUAGUUUCUAUUCUAUUUCUUCUUAGAAAUUCGCAACUUGAAUCUGACGUUUGCUGUUUGACGUAAACGUGACUCUUAAUCUAUCUCUGUCCAAUCCUUACGUUAAAUCUUACAAACUUUCUGUCUUCUUGAAGCUAAGCUGUUGUUGCACUGCACCUUUUGAGUGUAGCAUUAAAAGUUGCUCAAAAAUCACCACGAAUUCAUGCACCUUAUUGUGUUUUUUUUUUCUUUCAGGUCACGCUAAAUUUUGGACCUGAUUUCAAAUAUCCUCCGACAGACGAAGACUUCCAACCGGUAGGAGUUUUGUUUCAAAAUAUUUUUCGUUCCAGUGUAUUCAAUCCUCCAUCGAUGAUGGUUUAGGUUGCUGUAAAGUUUUGCACCCUUGAUUUAUGCAAAGUUUAUUUUGUCCCACAGAUGAGCUUCAAAGCCAUGGAAUUUGCUGUAGAACAGAGUUUAUCCGAUCUCCUUUACCUGGUUGAUUCACAGGAGAGACCCGUUCCUCUGCCGGAAAAAAUACUCAUCCCUCCAAAAAGAAAGUGAGAACACGAAACACACUUGACGUCACCUCUGGUUCAGUACGUGCUGGAAUAAGAGGAAUCUACUCCACAUCGUAUUCACUCCAAAGCAUUUAUACAAAACACAAGAAUGAAGCCUUCAUUUCUUGACAAAAAUUUUUACUCUUGCAGGCCCUUACAUGGGUUUGCUUCCUUCAUAAAAUAUCCAGAAAGAUAAAAACGCAAAAGCAAAAACUAAAUCUUUGUCGGUAAACGUUCAUCGAAUCUUUUAUCCGUUGCGGCCUCGACCGUUUUGGGAAUAUUUACGCGCACUACCGCGCUAACUUUUGUCUAGCGCUCAGGGAGUAAUCAAGUACA